AGUGGUGAGGUGCUGGAACAGCUGCCCAAAGAGGCUGUGGAUGCCCCAUUCCUGGAGGUGUUCAUGGUCAGAUUUGAUGGGGUUCAGCAGCCUGGUCCAGUAUUAAAUGUGGAGGCUGGUGGCCCUGCAUGUGGCAGGGGGGUUGGAGAGUCAUGAUCCUUGAGGUCCCUUCCAACCCUGGCCAUUCUGUGAUUCUGUGAAAUAAUUUUAUCUUAAAGCUCCAGCUUUUGCACCCAGCCCUCAGGAGACAUCAGGUGCCCACAGUGACUGACUGGAGGAGACAUGCCCAGGGCAGGGUGAGAAGGGCACAGGCAGAGCAAACCCUUGACAAUGCCAUCCUCCAGCCCAAUGGGAAAUAUUUUAGGGUCAGUUUGAGUGCUCCCAGCGGAGCAGAUAAUCCAUGACUUUGGCAGUGACCCCAGUGCCCACCCAGCACCGAUGGAGUACAUCAGCACACGGGGAGGCACGGGGGCCGUGGACUUCGAGGGAGCCCUCUUCUCUGGUUAUGCACCUGAUGGUGGGCUCUUCAUGCCCAGCUGCAUCCCCUCGCUGGACAGGCCCACAUUGCAACAAUGGAGCCACCUCUCCUACCCCGAGCUAGUGAAGGAGAUAUGUUUCCUCUUUGUCAAGCCUGAGCUGAUCCCACGUCGCACACUUAGCGAUCUGAUUGACAGGGCUUUCAGCAAGUUCAGACACAAGGAUAUUGUUCAUCUGUCCAGGCUGAAGAAUGGGCUGAAUGUUUUGGAGCUCUGGCAUGGGGUUACUUACGCUUUCAAGGAUCUGUCCUUGUCCUGCACGGGGCAGUUUUUACAGUAUUUCUUGGAGAAAAAGCAGAAGCACAUCAGUGUUCUGGUGGGGACUUCAGGGGACACAGGGAGCUCAGCAAUUGAGAGUGUGAGAGGGCAGAAGAACGUGGACAUCUUUGUUCUGCUACCCAAAGGGUUGUGCACCCAGAUACAGGAACUUCAGAUGACCACCGUCAUUGAAGACAAUGUCCACGUCUUUGUUGUUGAUGGGAACAGCGAUGAAAUCGAUGAGCCUAUCAAGGAACUGUUUGCUGAUGUCGAUUUUGCCAGAAGGAACAACCUGAUAAGCCUGAAUUCGGUCAAUUGGUCGAGGAUUAUGGUGCAGAUUGCUCACUACUUCUACACUUACUUUCGGUGCACCCUGACCCUGGAUAGCACCACACUGCCAGUGGUGGAAAUUGUUGUGCCAACAGGAGGGGGAGGAAAUGUCACAGCUGGCUGUAUUGCCCAGAAAAUGGGUCUUCCAAUUCAGCUGGUUGCUGCAGUUAACAGCAAUGACAUCAUUCACAGGACUGUUAAAGAUGGAGAUUUCUCACUCUCAGGUCGUGUGAAGGCUACAUUAGCAUCAGCCAUGGAUAUUCAGGAGCCGUACAAUGUGGAGAGGAUCCUCUGGCUGCUCUCAGGCUCUGACAGCCACCUGACAAAAACGCUGAUGGAAAAAUUCACUGUGUCCAAAAGCCUGAAGCUGCCGGAGGGUUUGCACAGAAAGGUCUCAGAGACCCUGCGUUCGUGCUCAGCAUCUGAUGAGGACAUCGUGCAGGCCAUGCAGCGCUGCUGGGAGGAGAACCAUUACCUGCUAUGCCCACACUCAGCCGUGGCAGCUCACUACCACUACUCACAUCUGGACAGCUGUGGCAGCAGCACACCCCGGUGUUGCUUAGCUCCAGCCUCUGCUGCCAAAUUUCAGGAUGCUGUGCUGCGAGCUGGCCUGGUUCCCGAAAUCCCUCCUGAAAUCACUGCUCUAAAAGCAAUGGAGACCCAGUCCACUGUCCUACAGCGAGGCGAGGAUUGGGCACGAGUGCUCCGGGACCGCAUCGCAGCUGUGGAGCAGUGGUGGGGGAAACAGGGUGCUGCUCUGGCCUCCCCAGGACUGCAGGGUGUCAAUGGACAGGCCUGAGCUUUAGGGAUGUGGCUGGGUGAUACCCCCAGGGCUCAUUUUCCUUUACCAGAGAGCCCUUUGUUACACUGGGAUAGAAACCUACACUUUCUUUGCAAUUAAUUAUUAAUUGGAACAUAUUUUGGCACUGAAUUAUUAGGCUUUUUAAUAAUUUUUUCACAAAAGAACUCUGCAAUUGUAUUCUCUUUUUUUCCUAUAAAGUUAUGAAUGCUGAUUGAA